AUGUUGCUCAAAGAGUCUCACGUCGAUGUCCCUAUCACUGCCAAUGGCAAGGAUGGCACCAUGCGUAUCUUUGUCUUCCAUCCUACUAUUCCUGGAUAUCCCAAUGCACGAUUCCCAGGCGUGAGUCUCUUCAGUGAGAUUUACCAAGUCACCGGUCCUGUGGCUCGCUUUGCCCGCCAGAUCGCUGGCCAGGGCUACAUCGUUGCCGCUCCUUCAUCAUACCACGACUUCACAGGUCCCGAGGCUCUCAAGUACGACGCCGAGGACACUGACCGUGGCAACAAAUACAAGAUCGAAAAGACCCUCGAGUCUUACGACGCUGAUUCGUAUGCUACCGUUGACUAUCUCCUCUCACUUCCCACUUGCACAGGACGCAUUGGUUCCACAGGCAUGUGCCUCGGUGGUCAUCUUGCCGUCCGUGCUGCUCUUGACCCUCGCAUUUCUGCUUGUGUCGGUUACUUCGCUACAGACAUUCACUCUCGCACACUGGGCCCCUUCGAUGCUCCCAACACUUCCUCUACCGCCCCUGCUAACAGCAACCACACUUUGGACCUUUUCCACAAGUUCAAGGGCGAGGUUGCCAUGAUCUUUGGAGUGAAGGAUACUCACGUCCCUGACGCUGGCCGUGAUCUCAUCCGUGCCAAGCUCCGUGAGGCUGGUGUCGUCACUAGCUUCUACGAGUUUGCCUGGGCUCAGCAUGCCUUCAUCCGUGAUGAGCUCAGCAAGGGUCGUUACGAUCCUGCCAUCACCAAGGUCUGCUUCGAGGUUCUGCUAGAGCUCUUUGGUCGUGUCCUCAAGACUGACCUAGGAGCCAAGGAUGGCGAUGUCCCAGCACCAGAGCACGAUUGUUAA